AUGAAUGAUUUUAACGUUAUAUGUCGAACAUGCUCAAAUUCCGGAAACUUACAAACAUUAUUCGAUAAUAAAUCAUUACCAAUUGAUCAAAUGUUAACAGAAAUUGUGGACAUAAAAAUUAUGAAAGGCGAUAACUAUCCUCAAAAUAUUUGUAUGUUUUGUUUAGAAAGACUUAAAAAUGCGUAUGAUUUUAAAAAACAAUGCCAUGAAAUACAUAUGAAAUUCAAGGAAUAUCUAGAAAAUAACGAAGAAUCAACAGUACCUGAACGUAAUGAUCCAGAACUCAUAAUAAAAGAGGAAAGUUUAUUUAUCAUACAUUUAGAUAGCGAAAAUGAUAAUUCGAAUGAUUUAGAUGAAAAAUUUUCGAAUAUUUUUGAAGAAGAACCUUUAGAAAAAUCCCAUAUUGAAGAAGUUGUGGUAACUGAAGAAAAAAUCGAAAUAAAAACUGAAGAAAACAAGCCAAGAAAAGAUGAAAAUUCAAAAGAAAUAACAAAACGUAAAGCUGAAUGUCCGAUAUGUUUUAAAAAAAUUAAUAUUUUAAAAGAACAUUUACGUUCACAUACGAAAGAAAAACCAUUUAAUUGUGAAAUUUGUGGAUUACGAUUUUCCAUUCGUAGUAAUUAUAUGCGACAUUCAAAAAUACAUCGUGGCGAUCGAAGACAUAAGUGCACGGAAUGUGAUCAAAUAUUUUUCGAACGGUACGCUUUACUCGAUCAUAUGAAACGACAUUCAAAUGAAGUUCCCUACAAGUGUGAACUUUGCGAUAAAAAGUAUAAACGUGUUUCAUCGCUUAAAGCUCAUGUUUCAAGUGCACAUUGUAAUGAACCACGUACAAAAAUCAAACGGAAUCCCGAUCAAGAAAAAACACAUUUAUGCAAUCAUUGUGGAAAAACUUUUCUUACAAAACUUCGUUUAAUCGAGCAUAUACGAUUACAUACCGGUGAAAAACCAAUUCGAUGUACAAUCUGUAAUAAAUCAUUUACACAUGCAUCAAUGUUAAGCUCUCAUCGGAAAAUUCAUACGGGAGAAAAACCGUAUAGUUGUAAAUAUUGUGGAACAGCGUUUCGAUUGAAGGUAGCACUCAAAAUGCAUGAAGCGAUUCACACGGGAGCUAAACCAUUUGAAUGUAAUAUUUGUGGUCAGAAGUUUAGACAAUCGUCACAUGUGACGCGACAUAAAAGGACUCAUACCGGUGAAAAACCGUUUAAAUGUUUUGUUUGUGAUAGACAAUUUGCCGAAGCGGGUAAUUUAACUGUUCACAUGAGAAAGCAUACUGGUGAGACUCCAUAUGUGUGUACGAUCUGUUAUAGAGGCUUUUAUGACUCCAGUAGUUUGAAAAGACAUAAAUUAAAACAUCUAUCUCAAAUAAAUGAACAAUACUAAUCUUCCAAAUCUCGCAUUUAAGAUGAAGACAUCAACCAUAUUUCGAUAUGAAAUUUUGAACAGCCAGGCGGGGUGAUGGGUCACAUUUUUAAAGUACUUGACCGAAAUCUAGACUUCAAACUAAGCCUACUACAAAUUGACAAAUAGGGCCGAUUCUUAAUAUUUUGUCUAUGCUAUCGAAACGGUUAUGAUUGCAUAUAAAUAACAGUUAUGACAGUCAGUCAGUUAAAUGUUAGAACAGAGCUGGUUAGUCAGUCCUAAUGUAUGGCGCUUGCCAAAAUAUUAAGAAUCCCCUGUUUGUCAAUUUGUAGUACGCUGAGUUUAAAGUUGAGAUUCCGGUUUUGUUUCGUAAAAAAUGUGACUCAUCAUUCUUGAUGACUAUGUAAAAUUUCCAAACGAUAUUCCUAUAAACAACGAAAAUAUGAGGAUGUCUUCAUCUUAAAUGCGACACAAUACAAUUGUAUAUUUGUAAAAUUUCAGUUUAAAACUCCAUUCCCGUAAGGUGGUAAGAAUGAUAGAAGGCGCUUAGAAGAGUUGCCCUGAACCAAAUAAAAGUAAAAAAAGUAUCCAGCUAAAAGCAUUAAAUAACAAUUCUAGAAUUAACCAGAAUGAUGCUUGUGUAUGAAAAGAGUGUUUGAUGUGAAGUUCUCUAUCCGUCUCUAACAACUUGUUAAGUUCUCUAUCCUGCUCUUAUUACUUAGAGCACUUCUUUUAAAAUGUAUACUUUUGCUACAGCAGCGCCAUCCUUAUUUAAUUCUUUUCGGUGGACACAAGAUACACUUAGAUGAUCCUCUUCACCUCUAUCCUCCAUAAUUAAAAGAUUUUGAUUGUUCGAAAUUAAUAAAAUUCUUUGUAAGGUUGAAUAAUCAUAGACUGGUUUUUAUAGCCUUCUCAUCAUUUUUUUUCAUACAAUAACCUAAAAUAGUUUUGGACGACGGUUAAUUAAAUUCGUCCUCUAUCAUUACCACUACCAUGCAUGGAUGAGUUUUAAAA